UAUUUUUUUCUGCGAAUGAGAAACUACAUUUGAAAAUGUUUCACUUUGUAGCUGUUUCGUCUUGUGCGUUGGUUGUCGGUGUGAUAACACUAGCUGGUGCACAGUAUACGGCGGAUUUCGUCUGUCCUACGGCGAAAGGUCAAUUUGCCAAUCCGGAUAAUUGUUCCGCGUUUUAUAACUGCUGGGAUUACGCAUGGACAAUUCAGUACUGUAACGAAGGACUGUAUUUUGAUGACAAAAUCAAGGCAUGCAACUGGGCCAGCGCGGUACCGUGUCCCAAUGGUAAUCCACAGAAUCCCACGUAUGGCCAAUACAAAAAGGGUGCACCCGUGUCGCCGGCUAAGUUGUUUGACCGCAAAUGGCCACGCUUGAAGUUCCAAUCGUACACAUCCACGGAUAAUAAUGGGAAUAGCGGUGCCGCAUGCCCUUCCUCACCUCAGUAUCCAAAUCCGUGUUUGCGACCAGAUGGACCAUCCCCCGAUCCGCAGAACUGCAGCGCUUAUUACGAAUGCUGGAAAUGCGAUUACACACACAUGCAGUGUUGGCAAGGAUUGGUUUAUGAUGACACUAAGAAAUACUGCGCAUAUCCCACGGAGUCCACGUGCAAAACAACUGGAGGAAAUCCCAACCCAGGGGCCACAAACGGUGCGGCUGUACCUGGAAGCGCUGCCGUUAAUCCUGCAGUACCUGGUUACAAUGCCGGUAACCCCGCACCAGUACCUGGUUACAAUGCCGGUAACCCAGCACCCGUACCUGGUUACAAUGCCGGUAACCCCGCACCAGUACCUGGUUACAAUUCCGGUAACCCCGCACCAGUACCUGGUUACGACGCCGGUAACCCCGCACCAGUACCUGGUUACAAUGCCGGUAACCCCGCACCAGUACCUGGUUACGACGCCGCCAAUCCCACGCAACCCACAACUGCUAUACCGCAGCCGUACGGGCCGGUGACGGUGACCUCGGCUCCGAAUCCAUAUCCUGCACCCGGAACUAACAAUCUCUACCCAGUUAACCAAUACGGUGCCCCUGGUGAUAAUACCGGCAUCCUGAACCCAGGCGUGUAUGGAGGAGUAUCGGGAACGACCAGUGUACCAGUGCCUACUCCAAGUGCUGGAACUGGAGCGGGAAAUCCCGGUUAUCCAGGAGGAGCGGUCGAUGGCGCUUACAAUCCCACGGUCGCAGCAACCACGGUAACACCGAGUGGAUACGGUAACGGCGCAGCACCUGGUCAAAACGGUUACCCUCCAGUAAAUCCGGUUUAUGACGGCAAUCUAGUUACUACAGUUACGCCAGUGUACGGUAACCCAGUCGCCACCACCGGAAGUUAUGGUGGCGGCCCCGCGCCAGGCGGAUAUGGAGACCAAGCGACACCAUCACCUACUGUAGCAUACAGUCCGACUCCUGCUCCAAAUGAAUAUGGCGGGAACGCAUUACCUGGACAAAACGGAUAUCCUCCAGCUAAUCCAGACUACAAUAACAAUGCCAACCCGACGGUUAAUCCGGGGUAUGGUAACCCGGCCGCGACACCGGCUGCACCUGUUUAUGGAGGCAAUGUACCGGCACAGAACGGUUACGGCGAUCCCACGGCAUCGACAUCCGGUCCGACGUCUGUUCCUCAAAAUGGUUAUGGAGGAAGCGCACCCGGAAACGCUGCAUACCCGGCAAACAAUCCUUCUUAUGCCAGUGAAACCACCGUGACCCCGGCUUAUAAUGCACCACCGGCUAGUAAUACAUAUGGCGAGACUUCAGUUGCACCCACCUAUCCGGCGAAUGGAGGAAGUAACCCGCAACCACAACCUUCGUAUGGCGGAAGCAAUGUCCCAGUCAACUCCAUGCCCGCUAACCAGUAUCCCCGUGACAAUAAUGGUCCAUCUUUUGAGACCGGUGGUAACCAGACACCGACGCCGGCUGCAUCCUACCCUAAUGGUCAACCAGGUUAUGAUAGCGCUGUUGUUACUACUGCACAACCGGUUUAUAACGAUCACACGACAGUGACCUCUGGAGCCGGAAGUGGUUACGACGCCACCACCGUUGCUCCGGGUGGGUCGACAUUCAGCCCGUACAAUACCUAUGGAACGUUCAGCCCGUAUAACACAUUCGCGACGUAUCCUACCAUUCCCACAAUGUUCCCGUGGUCUGGAUCCAGUGAGACUACUUCUGCCUAUAAUAAUGGGGCAACAACCGCGGCACCGGUAGCCAGUACAUACGCACCUGGGGACAAUAGUUACGGAGCACCGUCCAAUGUUCCUCCCGCAAAUUACGUUCCUCCUGCUGCAGCCUAUCCCGCGGACACCACGGUCAUUCAACACCCGGACUCGGGGACGACAGUGUACGUAACCAAUAACAUUAUGACCACGAUUGUCGUAACCAACCGGUCUCACAACAGUACCGCAGCGCCACCGGUGGGAUAUCUGAAAUCGGAGCAGCUCCGCCAGCCAGUAUCCUUCCGCUGUCCCAAAGGGUCACAAGGAGUUUAUGCCGAUCCUAAUGACUGCAGUGCUUACAUUACUUGUAUGCCCGGCGGCGGCUGGUAUCGUACACACUGCCCAUCCGGCUCCGUAUUCGAUGAAACGAAGAAAGAAUGUUCCGCCAGCUGGGAUACAGGCGUGGGAUGUCGUAUGAUUAUGCCGAGCUCGCAAGUCGGAAACAGUGCUGACGAGGUAGAACGCGAGGUCAUCACCCGUCCACGUGCACCGACCAAUCCCCAGAUGUUUUCUCCACAGAAAGAGGCUCGACCUGGACACGGCCAACUGACCGCUGGUCAACAAGUUCAGUAUCCCUGGGCACCAGUUGUGAAUAACCAGUUGUUGCGCCCCAAACGAUCCCUCCACAACGAGAUUGACGAUAAGGAUUUUGUAUGCCCAGAAGCGCAGGGAUUAUAUGCACACGAAAGCGACUGUACGUUGUUCUGGAGUUGCGGUGAUGGACAAAUCGCCUUCUUGCAAUCGUGCCCCAAGCCGCUUUUCUUCAACUUCACUGAACAGCGUUGUGAAUGGGCUCGUGGUGGCAAGUGCGUGGACGGAAAGGUCAUUCUUCCCGCUAAUCACCAUGAUGAUCCAGUUCCGCCUUUGGUGGCGACUACCGAUGCACCCGCCCGUCGGGAUCCGGAUUUUAAGUGCCCAACAGAAAACGGCAUUUUUGGGCAUCCCUUUGAUUGCUCCAAGUUCUAUCACUGCGAGAACUGGCAUCCGCGUCUGCGAACCUGUGGUCAAGGAACACUCUACGAUAAGGAAAAGCGAAAAUGCGAAAACGAACAACACGUCAAUUGCCAAGGAAGCCAUCAGCCCCGAUCACGCAAAUUUAUUUGUCCUCGCCGGCAUGGCUACUUCCCGGAUCCACAGAGCUGCCGGCGCUUCUACCAGUGCGUCAAUUUCCGCUCCUAUCACUUACUAUGUCCCGGUAAUCUGCUGUGGAGUGAGGCGAAGAAGGUCUGCGAUUGGCCGCAAGAUGUGCCAUGCGGUGCCGGUUUCGGCCAUAAGCCCCAUUUUAAGUGCCCCAGACCCAAUGGAAAGUUCAACCAUCCCGUUGCGGACGGAGAUUAUUACGAAUGCAUAAAUGGGACUUCACACCUGAAACACUGCCCACCAAACCACACAUUUGUGGCGAAUUUGCGAAUGUGUAUGCCGAAUGAUAUACUGCAUCCAGUGGCCUCGACAAAACCCACGACUACCGCCGUGCCAGUUUCCGACCCCACUACCGUCACGCACACUUCCCCAGCCAGCACCAAACCAACGACUACCGGCACAGAUGUUACCGAUCCGGCUAGCACCGAAGCACCGACUACGGAACCGGCAAUUACCGAGGCACCAACUACAGCUGCAAACGUUACCGAACCGGCUAGCACCGAAUUGCCAACUACUGAACCAGCUACUACCGCAGCACCCACUACAGUUGCAAACGUCACCGAACCAACAAGUACCGAAGCACCAACCACGGAACCGGCUACCACUGAAGCACCAACUACAGCUGCAAACGUUACCGAACCGGCUAGCACCGAAUUACCAACUACUGAACCGGCUACUACCGAGGCACUCACUACCGAACCGGCUAGUACCGAAGCCCCAACUACCGAGCCGGCUACCACCAAAGCACCAUCCACGGAACCGGCUACCACCGAAGCAACCACUACAGUUGCAAACGUUACCGAACCGGCUAGCACCGAAUUACCAACUACUGAACCAGCUACUACCGAAGCGCCAUCUACAGCUGCUGCACAUGUUACCGAACCGGCUACUACCGAACUGCCAAUUACAGUUGCAAACGUUACCGAACCGGCUAGUACCGACGCCCCAACUACCGAAUCUUCUACAACAGAAUCCCCAACUACCGAAUCACCUACCACCGAGACACCCACUACCGAAUCGGCUACCACCGAAGCACCAAUUUCAGUUGCAAACGUUACCGAACCGGCUAGUACCGACGCCCCAACUACCGAAUCUUCUACAACAGAAUCCCCAACUACCGAAUCACCUACCACCGAGGCACCCACUACCGAACCGGCUACCACCGAAGCGCAAUCUACAACUGCAAAUGUGACCGAGCCGGCAACCACCGAAUUACCAACUACCGAAUCACCUACCACCGAAUCGCCAACGACCGAACAGGCUAGCACCGAAGCGCCAUCUACAGCUGCAAAUGUGACCGAGCCGGCAUCCACCGAAGUACCGACUACCGCUGCACCUGUUACCGAACCUGCCACCACCGUUGCAACAAGCACCGAAGGAAGCACACCCGUAGUUUCGGGAAGUUCCGAUUCAACCACCACGGCAACUACUACGGACGCGUUCACAUUUACACUCCCAUCCGAAGAAACCUCAUCGACUGAAGCGGUUACUACUACUGCUGGUCCUGUGAGUACUGAUUCCUCCACUGCAGUGCAGCCAAGUUCAACAGAAAUUCCCGUCUCGGAAACAGCAGCCCCCGUUACCGAGGCCACCUCCAGUGUAUCGAAUUCGGAUACGACGAAUUCCGGUACCUCCACUGAAGGGAAUCCACCGAUAACCGAAGAUUCGACCCCAACUUCUGGUUCGUCUCAAGAUACUACCGUUGCUCCUACCACUGUGGAAGUUACCACUUCUUCACCGGUCGACGACUUGUCGACAACCAGUUCGCCUGUCGAGGUGACGACCCUAGUAGUUGAAGAGGUCACCUCUUCCGGAACAACCAUCGCUCCGGAAGUGACAACCGAAGCUGCAGUAACCGCAUCGGAGGCCGCAACUGUUACGACUACUUCAGGCGUGACCGAAGGUGACACCACAAGCAACCCGGUUACCGAAGGCACAUCUACUGCAUUACCGGUCGAAGAAACCACCCUUGCAAGCACAGCAACGGAAGUUCCUCAAACUACGUCAGUUUCCGAUGUCGCCACCAGUGAAGUUACCGUUACGAGCACAGCACCUGUAGAGGUCACGACAACGGACGCGGCGGCUAGCACAACUUCCGGUUCAGUCGUUGAAGUCACCACGACCAGCGCGGCUACCGAUAGUACGUUUUCAACAACAUCGGCAGUUCAGGAUUCUACGAGCACGGAAUCUCCCUCCACCUCCACCGCCGCUCAAGACAGCUCCUCUCCAGUGACCACAACUAAUGCAGAAGUAACAACCAUACCUGACGCAGCCACAUCUGAGGCGGUGACGUUUACGUCGCUACCAGUUCAGGAUGAGACAACCGUUGCAACAGCCGCUGUUACCACCGAAACACCAACUGCUGAAACAACAGCUGUCUAUACUACGACCCAGGUUUCCAGCACAGAUCACUCAGUUAACCCCGAAGUGCCGACAGGUGCACCAACCGACCCCACCUCCACGAGUGGGACGGAAACCCCGGUACCAGUAACCAUGUCGUCAACCGAGGUUUCAGCCACCGUUUUCCUGGAGCCCACCUCCACAACACCGACCAGCGAAAGUACAACGGCCGCAGAGAGUGCAUCGACUAUUGGCGGUACCGAUUCCACGACGCCGGUAUCUGAGGUCACCACUUCCCAAGUGACUAGUGGAUCCGAAGGCGGCGUGACCGGCGAGACCACCACCGUGGUCGUUACCUCUUCGACUGGGGCAGUCAACUUGCCAGAUAGUCCAUCCAACGGUAGCGUACCGAUCACGCCGAUAUCCGGCAGCGGCGAUGAUGCCGACGGGGUCAUGGAGCGCGUCGAUGGUCCUUCCAUAAUUCACAUGUCCAUUCCAAAGAAGUUGAAUUAACGUAUACUUCACACAGUCCAAACAGCUUUCCUUGUUAAAGAAAUUUUCCGUUUCGUGGAUGAAGAGUUUAUGGCAGAGAGUUUUAUGUACUUAGAGUUUGUUACAGUUUAUACCGUAGUAACUGUUUGUUGUUGGAUAUUAAUAAAGUUUCAGCAUGAUGAUCACGACG